GUUGCACACCGCGCCGUUUUACUCAGAAAUCUUCAAAGAUACCGCAACUGAAGCCUUGCAAGGAUACUUUGAGCCAACCACCAUCCAACCGUCACGACUCCCCAAUAUCACGAUGUCAUCCUCCUCAACUACCCCUUCUGUCUCUCCCUCUCCCUCAUCAACCCCCCUUUUUACACCCAAACCCCGCUCCAACCUCUUCGUCUCCCCGCUCCUCCCGCACGAAGCCCACCUCUACCAAGCCAUCCGCCACGAAACCUUCCGCCCAACCAUCAACAAGAUCCUCUACUCGCGCGAACCCUCCCAAGCAACCCAAGACAAGAUAAUCCAAAAAAUACGAGAGGACCUCGACAAAGGCGUCCUCUACAUAGUCUGCCGAGACGCAGAUAACAACGGCGAGAUCAUCGCAGGCGCACGAUGGAGAUACCUCGGUCCCAAGCAAGAAGACCCCGAACGCACCACAACCACCACAACCACAGACACCGAGAAGACCCAAACACUGGCUCCUGCACCAGGAAACAGGACGUGGGAAGAAGUAGAAGCCGACCUGACGAUCCCGGACCCGUACCCGGAAUCCCACCCCGCCGCCUUCCGCGCCCUCUGCGAAACCUUCAACGCCAACAAACGCGACAUCCUCGGCACAAGGCCGUACUACGUUCUCGAUACGCUGGUCACGCAUCCGGAUCACCACAGGCGCGGGGCGGGUGGCACGUUGGUGGCGUGGGGGUGCGAGCAGGCGGAUAAGAAGGGGGUGGAGGCGUAUCUGGAGGCGAGUCCGAUGGGGAAGCCGCUGUAUGAGCGAUUUGGGUUUCGCGAGGUCAGGACUGUGUGUGUGGACUUGAGGGAGUUGGGGGCUGGGGAUGAGAGGUUUGAGUUUAUCCUUAUGAGGAGGCCUCCAAAGGGAGAACGGCGGGAGUAAUGAAGGACUUUGAGGAUAGGAAGCAAGAGCGAUAGACUCUUCCAUCGCGGAAGUAUUAGAAAGAAAGGCCUUAAUCCUCAGCGUAUUGUGGCAUUUGAUGCAUCGCAGAUAAAAUAAUAUACAGAGGCGUCUUAAUCGUAC